UCUGAGAGACAGCAAAAACACACCGAGCGCGAAAAUACAACCUUUUUUUUUUUUGCACGAUAUUGCGUGUUUUAUUUCUCAGCUUUGAACUGUGCAUCUCUUGUUGUUUUCAGACAUGGACUCUUUGAAACAUCAGCAGGACCCGUGGAAGGUCUAUCAGGAGGAAAGCCCCAGCAGCACUCAGCACUUCUCGGGCCGGAGCGCGGGCGUCUGUUGGCGUCGCUGCGGUCGACUCACCUGAGGUCACUGAUGCAGUCGUUCUUCAGAUCCAAACCCAACAGAAGAGCCAGAGUCUGCAUGAGUUUCGAGGAUUUCUUCUCCUCUCUGAAAGCAGCGACAGGCCGGGAUCACCAGAGAAGAGACGUGGAGGAGUUGUUCAGCGAGAUGGACAUCUCCUGCGAUGGUUGUGUAGGAUGGCAGACGUUCCACAACUUCAUCCUGCAGCAUUACAAGCAGAUCACACACUCGAUGUGGGCCUGCGAAAACAUCCCCAUCUCACAGCCUUCAAUACACCACUGUACCUACAACAAGCAAGAGCCGAUCGUGCGAGUCUUGGCGUUGAGUCAGUCUCCUCCGAUGCGGUACAUCAGCGUCAGCAAGCGAGGGACUCUUAUAGUGUGGAGCAGACACCUGAACAACAUAAAGCCUCUGGAGGUGACGCCUCAACACUCCAGACCCAGAAGGAUGCGUUCUGAGUCUGAAACCUCUCCCUCGUCUCCGCAGAUGUGCGCCGGACCCUUUAAUAAAAGGCAGCGCCGUAAGAGGUUCCAGGGCUGGACCACCGAUGCCGUCUACUUAGGGAACGUUCACAAGAUCGCCGUGGCCACCCUGAGCAAAGCCGUACACUUCUUUGACGUUACCACCGCAUGCAGUUUUGAGCAGGUUCACUUGUUCGGACUGAGUCACAUCGCCACCGCUCUGUGUUAUUGGUAUGACACAGAGGCUCCAGGAGAGAAGUGUGUGCUGAUGUGGGGCGAUGACAGAGGCUCCGUGAAUUUGCUGUGGUUUCUUCAGCCUUUCAAGGGCCUCUUUGAAAUGCCUUUUACCGACCAGACGGGCCCGGUUCAGAUCUUCAUGCCAGACAUACAUGCACACAGCACACUGGUCUCAUAUCAGCACAUCCCGAGGAUCCACGGUGAGCCCAUCAACAGAAUCCUGUACGAGCCGCACGACGAGCUCAUUAUUACUUCAUCAGAAAGUCCAGGCUGCUCUGUGGUCAUCUCUGAUGUGGGUCAGAAGAGAGAGGAAUACAUCUGGAGAGUAGAGAAGGGAGUCAAGUGUUUUGACUUCAGCUUCUGUCUGGGUCUGCUGGUGACGGCUGGAGCGGGUUCUUCCGUCACACUCUGGAACCGAUACGUGACCUCCCGGCCGACUGCGGUUCUGCGCGGUCACCAGACCGCCGUGGUGGAUGUGCUCAUUCAUCAAGCACUGGGCAAGAUCUUCAGCUACUCCAAGGACGCUGUGCUGAAAAUAUGGGACGUUCCUUCUCAGCGGUGCUUAAAGACAGUUCGCCUUCAGUUCCCGAAUAUCCAUCUCGGCUUCACCCCGGAGCACGGCGGCGUUCCUCUGCUCCUGAGCCCGGACUCAGUUCUCCUGGUGACCUGCAGAGAGUAUCUGGCCGCGCUUGAUCUGCGCAGGAGCGAGUCCAGCAGCCGCUCCGGGCUUUACACCUGCGCUCUCUAUAAUCCUCGUCUUCAGCAGGUAAUCACAGCCUGCGCCGGCUCCACCCUGACGGUGUGGGAUGUGAAGACCGGUGUUAAGAGGAUGGAGAUAAAGGACGCUCACGGUACAGAGGAGGUCUCCUGCAUGGCACUAGAUGUACAUCAGCGCAGACUGAUCUCCGCAGCCACCAACGGCACUAUCAAGGUGUGGAACUUACUGAACGGCCUCAUCCUUCAUAAACUAGAACCCGUCUCCAAUGCAGAGGUCACCGGGGUCAUCUGUCACCAUGACAACCAGCUUCUAGCCACAGGCUGGAGUCGACUGAUCGCUCAGUAUAGCGUUGCGUUUUCAGAAGACGUCUAUGUAAACGCAGACCUGUCCUGGAAGUCCGGUCGUCAGCACGCCGAGGAUAUCCUGGCCAUGGAUCACUGUCCAGGUCUGGGACUUCUGGCUACUGGGAGUUAUGAUGGAGAGAUCAUCGUAUGGAGCCUGGCUCUGCAGAAACCCAUCACACGACUGCAGACGAACCAGCAGGAGAAAGCUCGUCUGCCCGUCCACAAGCUGCUGUUCCUGCAGAGACGAGCCCAGCGGAGUCCUCCGAGGAGCGGCGCGGUGCUGCUCAGCUCACAGAAAGGAUGGGUCUGCUGGUGGAGCGUCUGCGGACCCAGACACAACUACGGACGGUUCUACGCGCCGGACGGAUCUGGGGAGAGCGUGACGGGUUUAAGCACAGACCAGGAAAACGGUCUUCUGGUCACCGGAGACACAGCCGGAUGCAUUAAGGUCUGGGACAUCUCACGGUACGCUGUAGACGCCGAGUCCGCAGGAGAUCUGCCCGCGCUCAUGCACUCGUGGAGGGGUCACGACGGGGCGAUAGCGAGCAGCGAGGUGCUGGCGUACGGGUCCCGGCUCUUCUUCCUGAGCGUCUCGGCGGACCGCAGGGCCUGUCUCUGGAGCGCUCAGGGAAGGCGUGUGGGCUGCUUCGGACAGGAGCAGCAGUGGGAUUUGAGCGACCGGACACUUAUCAAGACAACAGAGAACACGCCGGUCCAAUCAAAGAAGAGGAGAGGACAGAGGACAGCCAAUCACGUUUCAUCUGCCGGAGUGAAAGUUCAGAGGUCACUGGGACGAGCUUUAGUGCGGGUGACCUGGAGCUCUCUGAUAUCAACACUGUACCAGUCACGUUUAUUUUGAGCAUUAUGAUAUAUAAAUAUUUAAAACAGUACAUUUUUACAAGAUUCUUUGAUGAAUAGAAGGAUCUGAAGAUCAGCAUUUAUCUGAAAUGAAAGGUUUUUGUAACAUUAUAUACACUAUACCAUUCAAAAGCUGGCUUUUUUGGGAGGAGUGGGGAGAAAUGAAUACUUUUAUUUAGCAAGGAUGCUUUAAAUCGAUCAAAAGCGAUUAGAAAGGCAUUUAUAAUGUUACAAAAAAUAUCCUACUUCAGAUGAAUCCAGUUCUUCUCACCUUUCUGUUCAUCAAAGAAACCUGAAAAAAAUCUACUCAGCUGUUUUCAGCAUCAUCAUCAUAAUAAUAAU